GAUCGUGUAUAUAUUUUACUUGAAUGCAGAAGCGGCAGCGUAAGUGGUAGCCCUCGUGUAAAGCCCUCCUCGUGUGAAGACCUACUUGUGUAAAGACCAGCGAGUCCACCGAGCAAGGACAUAACAAGGCCCCACUCACCAUAGCACUUAAGUAUCUUUUAAUUGCAUCUGUUUUCUUAUUUUCCUUCUAUAUACUAACAUGUCUACUUCACGAAUAAAACAUGCCUUCAAGCACAUCCCUUUUAUCUGUUACAGACCGUUUACACGAUAUCGUUGCAAGACCAAACACAACCCACACAACCUACGUCCAUUUUGCACUUCAGCACCUGCUCCAUUCUCUUUCUCAGUGGGACUCUGGAACUGCCAGUCAGCUGUGAACAAAGCUGACUUCAUUCCAGCCUUUGCCACACAGUCCACCCUCAGCAUCCUGGCACUGACAGAAACAUGGAUAAGUCCAGAGGAUACAGCAACACCUGCUGCUCUCUCCAACAACACCUUCUCUCACACCCCUCGAAAUACCGGUAGGGGUGGGGGAACAGGUUUGCUCAUUCAUAAUAAUUGGACUUUUUCACCACUCUCUUCACUAUGUAACAAUACUAGUUUUGAAUUCCAUGCUAUUACUACAGUGCAACCCACAAAAAUACAUGUUGUUGUCAUCUAUCGCCCUCCAGGUCAGCUGACAAACUUUCUUGAGGAGUUGGAUGUCCUGCUGUCCUCCUUGCCGGAGGAUGGUAGGCCACGUGUGGUUCUUGGUGAUUUCAACAUACACCAAGACAAGCCCCAGGCCACAGAACUGAAUACUCUUCUGGCCUCAUUUGACUUGGAAAGACUACACACCACAGCAACUCACAGAUCAGGCAACCAGCUGGACCUCAUUUUUACAUGCCAGCACGUACUACACCACCCAGCCCCUGGCUGUCUGAUGUCCUUCGUGAACAUCGGACUGACCUCAGGGCAGCUGAGAGGAGAUGGCGGAAAUCUAAAGAUUCAGCAGAUCUAGAACAAGCUGCUGGAUGACAAUCAGUCAGGCUUCAAAAGUGGACACUCCACCGAGACUGCCCUGCUGUCUUUUACUGAGUCGCUGAGACAGGCGAAAGCUGAAUCGAGAUCAUCCGUCCUGAUUCUGCUGGACCUUUCUGCAGCCUUUGACACAGUCAACCAUCGGAUCUUACUCUCUACCCUCUCCUUGCUGUGCAUCAAAGGAACUGUGCUUGACUGGUUUAAUUCCUAUCUCUCAGGUAGGUCCUUCAAGUUAGCCUGGAGAGGUGAGGUAUCCAAGCCACAUCAGCUAAUUACUGGGGUACCUCAGGGAUCAGUGCUUGGGCCACUUCUUUUCUCUAUAUACACAACAUCACUGGGACCCAUCAUUCAGGCACAUGGUUUCUCUUACCACUGCUACGCUGAUGACACGCAACUCUACUUGUCUUUCCAGCCCAGCGACACCACAGUGACUGAUCGAAUUUCAAUCUACCUGGCAGACAUCUCGGCCUGGAUGAAGGAAUACCACCUGCAACUCAACCCAGCUAUGACUGAACUCCUUGUCUUUCCAGCCAACCCUGCUAUUGAACACAACAUCACUGUGCAGCUGGGUGCAACUACAGUAACGCCUUCCAAAAUGGUCAGAAAUCUAGGGAUAACCAUCGACAACAGACUCAAUUUCACAGACCACAUCUCAAAGUCCGCAAGAUCCUGUAGAUUUACACUCUACAAUAUCAGGAAGACCCUUCCUCUCUGAACAUGCUACACAACUGCUUGUCCAGUCACUUGUCAUAACUAGACUGGACUACUGUAAUGCUCUCAUUGCAGGCCUCCCUGCAUGUGCAAUUAGACCCCUGCAAAUGAUCCAGAAUGCAGCAGCAUGUCUGGUCUUUAAUGUACCAAAGAAAGCGCAUGUUACACCACUCCUUGUCUCUCUCCACUGGCUGCUGGUUGAUGCACGUAUCAAAUUCAAUGCUCUGAUGCUGGCAUACAGAACAGUCACUGGUCUGCUCCAGCAUACCUAAAAUCAUUUAUGCAGAGCUACGCGCCCACUAGAAGCCUGCGGUCGGCUAAGGAACGUCGCCUUGUUGUACCAACACAAAGAGGCACCAAAACACUUUCCCGGACUUUCAGCUUCAUCAUACCACGAUGGUGGAAUGACCUUCCCAACUCCAUCCGUGAAGCUGACUCACUCUCUGUCUUCAAAAAAUGACUAAAAACACAUCUUUUCCAUGAGCACUUAACCAGUCAUUACAAAAUAAAAAUACAUUCUUGUUGCACUUUUAAUCUGUUUUGAAUACUAUUCUGAUGCUAGUGAAACUUUGUAGUAUGGCACUUUUCAUACCACUGUCACCUUAAGAUGGUUCGCUUUUGUUUUCCUCUUUUGUAAGUCGCUUUGGAUAAAAGCGUCUGCCAAAUGAAUAAAUGUAAAAUAUAAAUGUAAGUGUAUGUAAACUUCUGACUUCAACUGUACAAAAUUACCCAAAAUGCCCAUCCUUACCCUAUCCAUGAAAAUGUUUCCCAUUAAUUUGUGAAAUGGAUCAGUCUGAUUUGUUAACAGAUCAUUCAUUUAAGAUGGUUCUUUUUGCUGGAGGGGGGUGAUUAUCAGUGAAUAGCCUGU